AUGGCAUUUAUGACUACAACAGAUGCAAUACGCCUAAAGGUCGAGGAAGCCCUGAGUUCUGCAGUUCCCGCGCUCAAAACACGGGGCGCAGAGUCUGCAAAUCUGGCUUUUGCAAUGUCGGUUUUUGUACCGUUCGGUGCUGUGACUACUUGGGAGAGGCAGCAGCUCGAGUCACAACCUCAAGAAUCACUGUCUACGCCCACCGAGGGCAGCCACGCUAGCACUGGCUCUGUAGCAACAACAACAGAGAUAGCUGAGGAUGGCUAUAUCGAUAACGGCGGCGAUAACUUCAAUGGGCUUAAUUAG